GUCUGUCAUUGGUCUGAUUCUAUUCCGCAAAUUGCGAAUUGCGCAUCACGCGCGCACCAUGAGACCGUACCCUAGCUCAUUUUAUUACAACCUGUGAAGCAAGUGAACCUGUUGGAGAUUCAAGUUGCAACUGAAAUUUACGUAAGUGCAUUUUAAUCCACCAACGGCUUCAAGAGAUGAAAUUUCUACUGUUAUUAUUGGCUCUAUUGGCCAUUGUAACUGUCAGUACAGGAUGGCGUACCUUUAUGAGAGGUCGAAGUAGAUACGAUAAUUUAAAAGAGCCAACUCUAUCUUCUGAGAAAGAUGUGCUUCCUGAGGAGCAAUGGUUUACACAAGACGUUGACCACUUUAAUCCACUUGAUAAUAGUGUCUGGAAACAGAGAUAUUUUGUCAACUCUGACUUUUAUAAACCCAAUGGACCAAUAUUUUUAAUGAUUGGUGCUGAAGGUUUCAUAAAUCCCAUGUGGGUAGUAAAAGGUCAGUGGAUCGAAUAUGCCAAAGAGCUUGGAGCUAUGUGUUUCUAUCUGGAGCAUCGUUAUUAUGGAAAAAGUCAUCCUACUGUAGAUCUUAGCUUAAACAAUCUGAUUUUCUUGAGCUCGGAAAUAGCAUUGGGAGACGUGGCAAACUUCAUCGAAGGUAUGAACGUUCGGUACAACUUCACGAAAGAUACAAAAUGGAUUGCAUUCGGGGGAUCAUACGGUGGAUCUCUGGCCGCUUGGAUGCGCGUUAAAUAUACACACUUGGUGCAUGGAGCUGUGUCUUCCAGUGGACCAUUGCUGGCGAAAAUGGAUUUUCAAGAAUAUUAUAUCGUUGUCGAAAAUGCUCUGAAAGAAUACUCUCAAAAGUGCGUGGACGCAGUAGCGGAAGCUAUCAGCCAAUUCCACAUGAUGAUGGAUCUGCGGCAACAACAAAUUGCAGCGAUGUUCAACUUGUGCGAUCCAAUCGAUUCUAAAAAGAAAGUGGACGUCGCCAAUUUAUACGAAACGUUGGCAGGCAACUUGGCCAACAUUGUGCAAUACAACAAGGACAAUCGUCAAAACUCGCGGACUGCUAAUAUCACUAUUAAAACCAUAUGUGAUGUAAUGAUGGACAAAAAGAUAGCAAUGCCGAUUAAUAGACUUACUUAUGUCAACGACAUGUUGCUGGCUGCUACCGAGCAAAAAUGUUUGGAUUACAGAUAUGACAAAAUGAUUCACGAGCUCCGAAAUGUCAGCUGGGCCAGUGAACAAGCGGAAGGAGCUCGUCAAUGGAUGUACCAGACUUGCGCCGAGUUUGGAUUCUUCCAGACCUCAACCGCACGUCCCAAACUGUUCAGUGAUACCUUCCCAGUGGACUUUUUCGUACAGCAAUGCAUCGAUGUCUUCGGGCCUGACUUCAACAAGAACCUAGUGGAAACCGCUAUUUCCCGAUGGAAUAUCUUCUACGGCGGAUUGGAUUUACGAGUGACAAAUGUAGUGUUCGUACAUGGUUCUGUCGAUCCCUGGCACGUCUUGGGUAUGACGCACUCUUCUAAUCCACGGGCACCUGCCAUUUUCAUAAACGGCACUGCACAUUGUGCAGAUAUGUAUCCUUCAUCAGAACAGGACACGCUUCAAUUAAAACAGGCUAGAAUACAAAUAAAAGGUCUGAUCAAGCAAUGGCUGAAAAAUUGAAGCUCUCUCUCUCUCGUGACAUGUAAUAAAUAAUAUUUGUCAUAAAUAUGCAAACUAUUAAGAAAAAGGGAGAAAAGAAUAAAUGCUCCACUUGGAAUGAUAACGUAACUUUUAAUCUAUAGUCAGUGUUGACAAUUUUCUCUUUGCUACGCUCUUUGUUAAUUCUUUGGCUUUUUAACACUUGCUUAGUGAGUGUUUCCCAUCCGUAAAUGUACGUAAUAAAUUAUCGCACAUAUCCAUUGUUAGCACAAAGUUAGUAUUGUUAGAGAAUAUAGUCGUUAUAAGGCGCAUAUCUACAGAUUGUUAAGAUUGUCGAGCAAUUUCAGAAAACAGUUAAUAUUAAAAUAAAAAAUAAUGUUCUCCGCUUCCCAA